UUACAAAGUGAUAUGAAAAUAUCAGCACAGACUCUGUAGCCUGCAGAGGACAUGCGCAAAAUUAUGGGAAUUAAACUGUUUACAUGUUGUGUAUUUUGUAGCUACACACACACACAAAACAGAUGACAGAGGGAGUAAUUUUUUUUUUUAGGUCUCGCGCUCCGACGUCACCAGAACCUCGAGCCCCUGCAUGCAAAUCACGUCUCCGCUCGAGCCUCUCCAUUGGCCGUCUCUCGCUCAUUUAGCUGCUGUCAAAGCGCGCGGCCCGGGCACGCUCCGGUAACUUUUCCCAGUACAGCUUCAACCAAAGUAAGCUCAAACAACCGGUUUCUAUUCCUCCCGGCGCUCGCGGAUGACAGUAAAAAGGCGAAAAGGGGAAGUACGGAGCAAGUUUACCUCAGAGUGGAUUUCAUCUUGAAACUACAGCACCUUUUCAUCCCUCUCCGUUUCUUUCACUCUUUAUCUCGCGCUUCCUCGGAGGUUUAGCUGCGCGCGGGCCAGCCUGAAUGUUUCCGUGUGUUUGACUGAGAAGUGUUGUCCUACCAAGACGAGGUGAAUGUACAGCAUCAUGAUGGAAACGGACUUACAUUCCCCCGUGGUGCCCCAGACCAACCCAUCCAACCCGGGGGGACACGCGGGGGCCGGUGGCAAGGUCCCCCAGGACAGAAUCAAGAGACCCAUGAACGCCUUCAUGGUCUGGUCCCGGGGCCAGCGGAGGAAAAUGGCACAGGAGAACCCCAAGAUGCACAACUCUGAGAUCAGCAAGCGGCUGGGCGCAGAGUGGAAGGUGAUGACCGAGGCGGAGAAGAGGCCGUUCAUCGACGAGGCGAAGCGGCUCCGGGCCAUGCACAUGAAGGAACACCCGGACUACAAGUACCGGCCGCGGAGGAAGACCAAGACGCUUCUGAAGAAGGACAAAUACUCGCUGGCCGGCGGGCUCCUCGGCUCCUCUGCGGGUGUAGGGAUGGGCGGCGGGCAGCGACUGGAGAGCCCUGGAGGGUGCCACGCAGGGGCAAAUGCGGGCUACGCCACGCACGUGAACGGCUGGGCUAACGGCACAUACUCGGGCCAGGUGGCGGCUGCAGCGGCGGCGGCUCACGCGAUGAUGCAGGAGGCGCAGCUGGCAUACACGCAACACCCGGGCACCGGAGCUCACCCGCACCACCCGCAUCCACAUCAUCACCCGCAUCACCACCCGCACAACCCACAGCCAAUGCACAGGUACGACAUGAGCGCCUUAUCUUACAGCCCCAUCUCAAACUCUCAGAGCUACAUGAGCGCCUCUCCACCGGGCUACGGCGGGAUCACCGGCUACACUCACCAGCACCAAAGCUCCGGUGUCUCCCCGGUGUCCGGGACGAUCGGAGGGACUUUGGGGUCCCUUGUGAAAUCUGAGCCUAGCGUGAGCCCCCCGGUUUCCACCGCGCGCGCACCGCCGCCGUGCCCUACGGGGGACCUGCGGGACAUGAUCAGCAUGUAUCUGCCGACCGGCGAGGCGGCGGGGGACUCCAGCGUUCAUAGCAGACUGCACGUGCUCCACCCGCAGCACUACCAGAGCAGCGGCUCCACUCCGGUAAACGGGACGGUUCCUCUGACUCAUAUUUAAAUCUCUAAAUGUACUAUAAGCACUACAAACCACAACCAAAUAUUUAAAAACCUAGAUGUGGGCGCAGGCUGCUGAUGAAUUGUAAAUUAUAGGCGGUUAUAGCCAUAAAAAUGCAAUCACUUUGAACAAACUUUUUUAUUGUAAUUUUUAUUUUCUUUCAGUGAUGGAUUUCUGUCUGUCCGAGCUAAAGGAAAGCGCAUCCGAUUUACUUUUGCUCUCUGGAAGAGAGCAUGCCAAGUUUUGACACGAUUUAAAUUAUAAUCCGUGAAGGCUGGUGCAUUUUGAAGGUUAUUUUUUUUUUCGACUUUUCUGUGGAAUUAAAAAGGCACCAGCUGUGUGUUUGAGGGACCCUGAAAACCUGUUUAAAAAGGGAACCGUAUAAUAAAUGGAGGGCGGUGUGGAAGAUGUGUUUAAAAAAAGUUUCUAGGCUGCAAUUUAAAUUGAUUUCCAGUUUUAAUGCUUGUAAACAUGUGAGUCAGUCGGUGUAAUUUGAAUUUGUUUUUGUUGUUGUAAAAUCUUGUAAAUUGUGAAUAAAUAGGCCUACUGAAAACGCUUUUAUGCAAUUGUACAUAAUUUACAAAAUACCAAGCCCCUAUUCCGGCUGAAGACGAAACCAUUUUGCGCUGAGUUUAAUACAUUUUUCAAAAGGGUUAGAGUUUAGUGGGGUAUUUAUUUUUUUCAGGAGACUUAAUCAGGCUCAUGUAAACUGUACCUCCAAUAUUUGAUGUUUAUUUACAUUUAUUCCAUCUCUGAACUAUAUUUAAAAUGCUGACGAGCUUAUUGUGUCGUUGCAGUGAAUACGGGUUUAAUGAAGUCUCGGAAAACAGUAAAAAUCUGGUCAAAAUGCAAAUGACAUCAAAAGAAGAAGAAUUACAACAUUAGAGGCAGACAUGUUUUCCCCCUUAAAGAUUAAUUUAUUUAUCAGUCGGGCUCCUAAUUGAUUAUUUCUCUUAAAAAUAAUGGAAACAAUUAUAUUUAGCUUUUUUUCCCCCAGGUAGCAGAAAAAUCAGUUAAACCUUCUAAUUACCUAUCUUAAGAUGACACAAAUCUUGAUGAUAUGCAUUUUAUCAAUAUAAAUUCAUAUUGGAGCUCAUAAUGGGUAAUGAGUCAUAUUAAGGUGAUGGGAGUUAUGUGAAAAUAGGGUCUUUUAAUGGGGAAAUGGGAAAUAGCCUAUGAAAACAGAGGACAGGCCUACAUUUUUUCCUGAAAUUAAAUUUUUUUUGUUUACAUUUGAGUUUCCUGCCCUAGGAUUUAAGGAUAUCUGUAACUGUAAAGUUGUGUUUAAUAUCUUAUAUGCCCACAAUAUAAUAACAUAUAUGAUCACAUAUUUUGUUUGAUUUUCUCUCCAGGGAGAUUAAUAUACAAAAUAUUAGCCUGAUAAUGUCCUAAUUUUCCAUUUGUCUGUCAUUUAAAAUGGGGCCACGGUCUCCAGGACUCACACAUUAGUGUCUGUAUUUAAAACAAAAGCACAUUUUCAUGUUUUUUUUAAAUUAUUUAUUAAUGCCAGAACAUACAUAGAACAUGCAACAUAGAAACAAAAGGGAUUAUAGGGAUUUAUUCUAUAUUCAUCAUGUUGUGUUAUAUAGUCAUUUCUUAUUUUCUAUCUCUGUUUCUUACAUUCUUGCAAGUGCUGAAAAUGCAGUAGGAUAUUUUCAGCUAAAUCCCUUUUCCCGUGAGCUAGCCUUACUGUAUCCUGAUUAUUAAAAUCACCUGCAUGUAAAAUAUGUACACUACAGGAUGAGAAGGCCUUUCUAUCGUUUUAUCCCAAUAUACUUAUUUUCUCCCCUCAAAUUCUGGCACAAUUAUUCAUCAACUGCAUCAUGGCCAACUUGAUCAUGCAUCAUUUAAAUGGACUUUAUGACCUUGACAGUCAGACCCACUUUCAUAUGCUGAAUUUGUGGUCCUAUUUGUUGGUAUAAUAUUGCACUCAUAGGCCAAGCAAAGCAAAGUUAAAUUUUUUUUUGUACCUGCUUCAGGGUCAUGACCUCAGUAAUCUAGAUCUCAAGCAAAAGUAAAUCUGACAACAAGAGUAUCCGCUGGUCAACGAACAACUAAUUCUUCAGCUGGCCUCAAUGGGGCCCACUUCAACCCCGCCUCCACCUGGGUCCCUCACAGGUCCUCAAAUCCUACCCCAUCUCACCCCCAGCAUCAAACGCCUGCACCUGUGUGCGCGCAAUUCUCCUGGCUGUUAAAUUAUUUCCUUCUUUAAAUGUGAUGGCUGAAUCACUGCAGGCCCUGGGGUAGGAUGGGGUAGGGAGGGAGGAAUGAAUGAGCGUGGAGGAGGGGGAGGAGGGAGAAGGCGAGGAGAGGAGGUUUUUGUGUUGGAGGAGAAUGGGGAUUAGUCCUGGUGGAAGCUGGGGCAGCCCGGGGGUCACCCCCAACAAAAAGCCCAGCAAACAACACCCCUGGUUUUAUCAGACUAAUUCCCACUGGGGUCUGGACUUAAAAACAAGAGGGCAACGUGGAUGCAAAUCACAUAAAAUAAAGCUGUUUCCAUGGAUGUCAGGUGUUUAAACUGAAGGUAUUUAUUAGACGCCUAAGUCCUGAAUAAUGUUUCCUAGUGUGAUUUUUUUCUUUGUUAAAUUUCAUAUCAGAUUGCUUUAAAUUUGGGUCUGUCUUUGCUCUUUGGUAAAAACGAAUAAAAUUUGGAUUGAUAUGUGAA